GUUUCGGCAGUUGAUAUCGAACGCAAUGUUAUCUCCCGUCGUGAAGAAAUCGUUGGCAACCGCUGCUGUUGGCACCGCUGCAUUCGCUACCUUGCCCAACCAAAAGGUGUACGCCGCCGAAGAGACCAAAAAAUCCAAACUUAGCAUUUAUGACGAACCACAAGCUGAAGUAGUCAUUGUCGAAGAACCCACAAAACUGGAAGAACAUGUAGCAUAUGCUGAAAAGUAUGCAAACGAAAGAGUCGAAGAGGGCAAGACACACGUUAACAAGCUCCACGGCGAAUGGAAGCAAUUCGAACAAUGCGUCAAGAACACUGUGAAGGAGACGAUCGCCAAGGAUGAAGAGAUCCUUCCAAACGCACUGUAUAUUGGCGUUGCAGCGUUGGCUGGUACCAUCCUUGCUCGCAACCGCAACAUCGUCAUCCGAUUCGCCACGUCGACUGCCUUGGCCGUUGGCGCAUCGCACUAUCUUCUGCCAAAGACCACACAGAACGUCUGCGUGCAACUCGAAAAAGUCGAACGCAAAUACCCUCAACUCCAGUCCGCGCAUCAAUCCGUGAAUGAGGUUGUCGGAGAUGCCCGUAAGCAGUUCGAUGGUGCGGUGGCAGAGGUCCGUAGCACUGUAGAUGACAGCAUUCUCUGCCAUUUCCAGCAAAAGGACGCAUCACAGCAGGCACUGGACAAGUUUGAGAGUGUAAAGAAGAGUGUAGAAAGCAUGUACUCGACACGAUCGAACCCUGGUGUAGAAGAAACCUUGAAGAAGAACAACUAGAUCCCAUCCAAACAACGAUAAAAGAAAAAGCAAUUUUAUAUUUCAUCGACAAGAGCAAUCAACGACAACCAUCAACCAUCCAUCCUGCCCGAAAACAAUGUCUUUUUUCUGUUUGUUCCGUGUUUGUUCCUUUUUUUUUAGAGAGAGGGUGUCCUGCUCCCCAGCCCAACGACACUUUUUUUUUACUACAUUAUUAAAAACAUGAAAAAAUAUUGAUUACAAAUUAUUA